CCUCCUCCAAUUUCAUCAUCUUAUCUCUUCAGCAAAAUGAGGCUUCCAACUCUCACCAGAUUGUUGAAAUCCGUCGCCGGACAAUUCCCUGAUCGGAGAGCCUUAUCCGUAUCCGGAAAGUUUGAUCUCUCACAUUCCCGCCUCCAACACCUCGUUGAUUCCGCCGCUGCAAAACUCGCCGGCGCCGGCGUCAAACCCGGUGAUGUCGUUGCCCUUGUCUUCCCAAACACCGUCGAGUUUGUGAUCAUGUUUUUGGCCGUGAUCCGAGCUCGAGCCACGGCGGCGCCACUCAACGCCGCCUACACCGCGGAGGAGUUCGAAUUUUAUUUAUCGGACUCUGAAUCGAAGCUUUUGGUAACUUCUAUAGAAGGCAACGGCCCCGCUGAAACGGCGGCGUCUAAACUCAACAUCCAACACGUGACCGCUGAGCUCCCCGAUGCACGUGCCGAGUUGAUUCUUUCCUGGACUCAGUUCAACUCGAACGAUUCUGAAUCCGACUCAGUUCUUGAAAUCGUCAAUGACGGAUCCGACGUGGCGUUAUUCCUCCACACGUCAGGGACCACGAGCCGCCCCAAAGGCGUCCCUUUGACUCAGUUUAAUUUGGCCUCAUCGGUUAACAACAUUAAAUCGGUUUAUAAACUCACUGAGUCCGACUCAACCGUUAUUGUCCUUCCUUUGUUCCACGUCCACGGUUUAAUGGCUGGAUUACUCAGUUCACUCGCUGCUGGAGCCGCCGUUACUUUACCAGCUGCCGGGAGAUUCUCGGCGUCGACAUUCUGGGCCGACAUGGUCCAAUACAACGCCACGUGGUACACUGCUGUUCCUACGAUCCACCAGAUCAUACUGGACCGGCACUCGACCAAACCAGAAAAGGUUUAUCCGAACCUCCGGUUCAUUAGAAGUUGCAGUGCUUCAUUGGCUCCGGCUAUUUUGAACCGGUUGGAGGAGGCGUUUGGGGCGCCGGUUCUGGAGGCAUACGCAAUGACGGAGGCGACACAUCUGAUGUCGUCGAACCCAUUGCCGGAAAAUGGUCCGCACAAAGCCGGGUCGGUGGGAAAACCGGCGGGUCAAGAAAUGGUGAUAUUGGAUGCAAACGGCGUCGUUCAGGAGGCGAAUGUGAAAGGGGAAGUUUGUAUCAAGGGUUCGAAUGUGACGAAGGGAUAUAAAAGCAACCCAGUAGCGAACGAGGAAGCGUUCCGGUAUGGGUGGUUCCACACCGGAGAUAUUGGGUACUUUGAUUCCGAUGGUUAUUUGCAUCUCGUCGGUCGGAUCAAAGAGCUCAUCAACCGUGGAGGGGAAAAGAUAUCGCCGAUUGAAGUGGACGCGGUGCUUUUGGCACAUCCGGACGUGGCUCAGGCCGUCGCAUUUGGAGUUCCUGACGAAAAGUAUGGGGAGGAGAUAAACUGUGCAAUAAUUCCAAGGGAAGGAUCAAAAAUUGGAGAGGAAGAUGUAUUGAGCUUCUGCAGGAACAAUUUGGCUGCCUUCAAAGUCCCUAAGAAGGUCUUUCUCACUGAUUCACUCCCCAAAACUGCUUCAGGCAAAAUACAACGAAGAAUCGUAGCCGCCCAUUUUCUUCACCAAAAAUCUUGACGAUGAAUCUCGACCGCUAAUAUUAUUUCCAUUCUCAAGAAAGGAAAAAGAGAGAGAGAGAGCAGCUAAAUUUGUGGAUAAUUUUUAAUUUUGGUUCAUUCUAGUUUUUGUGAUUUUAUAAUAUCUGUUUUGAU